AUGCUUCUCGCCAAGAAGCUCUUGGGGCCAUGCCUCCACUUGGCAGGCGUGCUCCUGCAUCUGGGAACCUCAACCUCCAACCUUCAUGCUUUCAUACUCAAGCUCAUCCGCGCAAGCACUUUGAAGCAGUCUCUCCCAGCUGCGUCGGUGAUAACGUCGGCUGGUCUUCCCUGGAACGCAGGCAUACGUCUGUGCACGUUCUUCCUCGGUCAGCAUUCCUCGGUGGCAUCCCUCGAGCGUCGGACGAAACUAACCGCGCCCAUGGCGGCAUCAUCAUCCAAGGACGAGCUGGAUCGCGAACACCCGAAUCCAUGCUAUCCACGCGCCUGCGCGAUCCAAUCGUGCCUGCAAAAGUCGGGCUUCGACCAGGCGCGGUGCGAGCACCUCAUCGACGACCUCUACCGAUGCUGCGCCAAGUUCUACCGCCAGCGCGGCACCGAUGCUGAGGCCGACAGCUGUCCGAUCCCUUCCGUUGUCGACCGUAGAAUACGCCGCAUGGAGCAGGAAGGCAAGGGCGGUGCUGGCGGCUCCUUGCUGGAGACCAAGAAGCGUUGA